UCAGGUCACAUGGGACAAAUGAGGCAGAGCAGGAAGUCAACAGCCCUGUUUCCAGAGUUGGUGUUUUCCCAGGAGCAUGUUUCACAGGAAGUGUCCGGGCAAAGUGUUUAUUAUCCCGCAUCAGUAACAAACAGCUUUUCAGGAUGAACCCGUCAGAGAGAAAGUUGUUGGCAGAGAGGAGCAGCAGCUGGAAGCAGCAGAUCAGUGAGGACAACGGGUCUGCUGCAGGUUUCUGUGGUCAGGAGACACACAGAGACAGCAGGACUUCACUGAACCUCACAGAAGAAGAGCUAAAGAUCCACAGAAUCCACAGAGAGGCGUGUCAGGCGAAGCAGCAGAUGUACRUCGACCCUUCCAGUGGGUACGAGGUGUUCACAGAGUAUGCCCACCUUCGGAGAGGGAAAUGCUGCGGCAGCGGGUGCAGACAUUGUCCAUAUGGCCAAGUCAACGUGAAGGACCCCGCAGCGAGGAAACACUUUAACUCCCUGUUUUACGUAUAGGCCUGUAUGAAAUAAAGGUAAAAUGUUAAAUGCCUGUUUGGAAUGGAGCCCAGCACUCUUGGCGUGUCUUCUGCCGGUCGUUAUUUUGCCUGCUUGAGUCUUUUUUUUUCUUUUUUUUUUUGCUGUGUAAUAAAUGAUGAAAUAUGGGUAGUGUCUGUGCAAUCCCCACCUCUUAUGAAUCACAACUAUUCUCAGGAUUGUUUUUUUAUUAUUAUUAUUGUCGUGAAACAUAGAUUGGGAAGAAAGAACAUUUUCACUAGACUCUUUAAUAGAAUAGCUUUUAACACUUUUUUUUUGGUUUGGAUUUGUUAAAUUCUCUGCAUAUUUUCUUUUUUCUCUCGAAUGUCCACCGAAACCGCCUUAAGCUUCGUUUUUCAUGUCUCUUCAAGAGUAUUAAAUAUUUUGUAGUAUUCGGCUCCUCAGAUGCAUUUACAAGGGUUGUGGGAGUAUGGAGAUGAAAACUGAGAGUGCAUUUUAGAUCUUCGCCCUCAAGAUAAAGGGCAUAUGAGCGAAAGUAACCACAGAUAGUCAGAUGGAGUCUUGUGCUCUUUUGCUUUGCAUGUCUCGUUAUUUUUUUUUCUUUUCUCUCUCUCCCAAAUGUACAGCUGCAUGAAUAUUAGCAUCAUUUGCACUCCACAAGUGCUCGACUCAACUGUACCUUU